AUGACGCCGCUCUAUCGCAAAGCCCUCGUGCUCGGUGCCACAUCCGGCAUUGGCGCGACCCUUGCCGCGAAGCUGGUCGCGACAGGGACCAAGGUCGUCGCUGUAGGCCGUCGCCAAGGUCGCCUGGAUGCCCUAGUGCAAACUCACGGUAGUGACAGUGUCAGCGCAAUUGCCUUCGACGUCACACGCCUGGCCGACAUCGAGCAAUUUGCCGCCGGCGUUGUACACGAACACCCAGACUUGGACUGCGUCGUCAUCAAUUCCGGUAUUCAAAGGGGCUUUGACUUUGCUAAUCCAGAGUCCCUGGACCUGUCUGUUCUCGGCGACGAGCUCACCACCAAUUACACCUCGGCUGUGUAUCUCACUGCCGCCUUUCUGCCUCACCUCAAGUCUCAGUCCCGCGCUCAGAUCGUAUACGUGAGCGCGACAUUGGGCCUCGUGCCAUCGAUGAUCCGAACGCCGAAUUACAACGCGUCCAAGGCUGCGCUCCACUCGUUUAUUAUGAAUGUCCGCCAGCAGCUAGUCGACGCCGGCCAGGGCCACGUGCGCAUGGUCGAGGUGUUCCCGCCGGCAGUUCAGACGGAGCUCCACGACGAGAACCAUCAGCCGGACCUGGUCAACGGCGGGGAAAUUGGCAUGCCUGUUGUAGAGUUUGUCGAGAGGAUGGUUGACGGGCUGGUCAACGGCGAUGAUCAGUUUGCCGUUGGUCCCGGCGAGAGGCUGCUAAAGGAAGGAGGGUGGGAGGCGCAGAGGACGGAAAUGUUUAAAGAAGGCCAAGUUGUACUCAACAGUGCGCUAGCAAAGUACCUAAGAAAGUAA